UAACAAAGCAGCAGAGCUGGAUGGAGACUGGGACAGUCAGGUUUUGAAGCCGAUGCAGGAUGGAAAGUCACAGAUGGAUGGACUUGGAUGACUCCUGGGAAUACAGUACAAACCCCAGAAGGCAGCCAGAUAGUCUCCUGAAAUACAGCACUUUACCAGGCCGAAAUCCUGAUCAUUACAGAGCAGCAGCUGAUGUCUCCAGAAGAACCGCAGACGAUAGAGGGAAAUAUGGCACUAUACCUGGCAGGUACCUUAACAAAGCACCAAUGAGAGGUCAGUCUCCAUACAGAUUAUUGUCUACCACCCGACUCCCAAAGGGUGCAGUUUUGCAAGAUUCAACAAACUGGGGUUCCAAUAUGCCCUCAAUUCAUAGAGGGUCCACACUAGGGGGGAUGGAUAAAAAAACUUACAGACAAAGUGAGCCCCGGAUAAGAGAACCAUUCCAUUAUAAGUGGGACAAUGAUAUAGCUAGCAUUUAUGCUACUGAAUAUGAAAGAAAAAGACAAAGGUUGCCAGGUGAUCCAUGUAGAGAGAUAAACCAUUCUUCUUCUAGUAAUGAGAAACAGAAAGGAAAGCUGAUACAGAUGGACUCCAUCUAUGGAAAAUGGGAAGCAGAUUAUAUAUUGGAAAAAAAGAUGAAAGAGCUAAAGUAUGAUGAGUGGGUACCGCUACAUAGUCUGCCCAAAGCUCUACAGAAUCAACUACUAGCACAAACAAGCAAGGUGGAACAUCAAGAGAUGGAAAAAAGUAAAUCAGCUACAACCAAUUCUCGAGAUACAAAUCAGGAAAAAAGAAGUUGGUGGUCUAAGCUUGUCAAAUCUGCUAAAUCCGGAGUAUCUAAUCCAGCUAUUGCUGACCCCUCUCCAGACAAAGCAAAUAAAAUAUAUUUGGAGCCAAGCUCCUUAAUAAAUCACAAACAAGAUGUCCUAAAAGAAAAUCAGCCACAAUUAAGAAAAAGAAAAGUUCCCCCACCUUAUGUUCCUCCUCCUUCUUAUGACUACCCACAUCGUUUCUUCCCUGUUAAAAAAGAAAAAGUUCAUCACUCUGGGCGCACUACUCAGAAGCCAUCUGCUCAAAUUCUACCUCUACAUGACAAUGAGGACUGUCACGAAAGUAGAGAAAAAGUGCCAAGGUACAGUGUGGAGAGCACCAGAGCUGCCAAGGCAAAUGUAUCAUCAAGUACAAAUAUACAGGAAAACAGAAUGGAAGAAGACAAAAAGAAAACAUCUGACCAAGAUUUACAGAGCAUGAUUCAAGGCAGAAAGCUUCCUCGAGCCCAUAGCGCCUGGACAGGACCUAACUCUGAUGAGUUUCUUGAUCAUAUAUACGAGUGUGUAGAAGGCACAAGCUCGCCACUUACUCACAAGACACCUAACUUUUUAAAACCAAAAUCUGACCUUGACUUACAGACUGGUAAAAUGAUAUAUGGAACAGUUUCAUUUCCCCUUCAAAGGGACACAUCAAUGCCCUACACAAAGUACGCAAGUGACAAAGCAAUAUGUGAUGAAAUUGAAGCAGCGAAAAGAAAAAAUAAGAUCAUUGAAAAUAGCCAACGCCUAAUGCCACCCUUUGAUGUUCGCCCGCCUAUUCCUCUGCAUGGGGUAAAACUGCCACGAGAGUUAGGAUUCAGCUAUGCGAGUGGAGAUUUUCAAAAUCCUGAUAAAAGAAUCCAAAGAGAUUAUAUAAACAUUAUUAAACACGAUAGUGAACAAGGACAUGAAUGGAGAAGACCAUUAAGGGUUAUAUCGAGCAAAGAAUCAAAGACAAGAGGUCAUUCAAAGUCUUCUACAAAUAGGGUUGAGUAUGGACGAUACAGUCAUACGCUUCCCUUGAAAAAACAAUAUAUGAAACCACAUAUGCAAGAAGAACUAAAACAUGGUGAUUCUAGAAAACAAAGGGUUUCCUAUCAUGAUACAGAAUUUCCUAGAUGGAGAGAGACUGGAAACAUCAACACUUUACCUGGCAGAAGCCGUGAUCAUAACCGUUGGAGAUAUCCUGAUGGACUGAAAAUUAGUAAGAAAUCCAGUUCAUAUGAACGUCAUCGUGAUGGAGGUAGAAGUCAAGCUGAGGAAAUUCAGCCUGUGUUAUCCGAUGAGAAUGAGGGACUUUUUGUCAUUGAUGCAACUUGUGUAGUUGUUAAGGCAGAGUACAUCUUUCCACCAGUAAUGGAGCAAGUGAAAUUUGUACCUGAUGAGAAACCUAAAGGGGAAACCUUAGCUGUUCGAGACUUCUCUGAGAGUCUUAUUAGAAAAGAGAAAGCACCUCACUCAUCUUCACAUUCAAAGCCAAGGUCAAGAUUAGCUCAACAGCCAAUCCCUCAAAAGAGCCAUCCUAAAGCCCAGCACUGCAGUCAAAUGUCCCCACAGAGGGAGUCCUCAACCCUCAAAGAAAGAGCAGUCCGCAUUUUAGGGCUUUCCAUUGGAGAAUUAGAGUAUCUCAAUGACGCUCGAGAUCAGCACCAACCCAAUGGGUCUUUGACAACCAUUAUUAAAACUGAUCAGGGGCACAAAAUGAAUAAGCAAGAACCCGAGGUAUUGACUCACAAUGGUUAUAAUAAAAAAGAAUCUAAGAUCCGGAAUUAUAAAGAAAUGCCUUGUAUUUUAGAGGAUGUAGAUUCUAUUCCAGCUGUGCUAGAGGCUGAUAAUGAUAGCGGGCUCCCACCUAAAAGUCCAAUGUGUGAUAAUGGUACUAAGGAGAUUAAAGGACUGGGAUCAGAACAAAAUUUACUUAUUCUUGACGUACAGAACACGAAUAGCUCAGAACCAUCUAACAUAAGUGUUCAAAAUGUCCAGAUUCUAGCAACACCAAAUCCCCUUGAAUGUCCUGAAUCAGAAAACUGCAUUGGAAUAAAUGCUUAUCCAAAUGUAGUUUCUGAUGGCAUGGAACUUGUUCCAACCAUGAAUGAACAUCCACAGGAGGACGUGGAAACAAUUGUAACUGGACAGAACUGUGAACCAUCACCUGACCCAUUGGAUACACAGCUCCCAGAAAAGUUAAGACAAUGUAAAGGCCAGUUAUUUGAGUUAGUGGAGGAAGAGUGUCAUGAUAAGCAUAACAAAAUAUCCACAGUUACUGAAAAGAACACUAGUGAAGAAAAUCCUACAAUAUUAAUGAACGAGGAUCAUUGCAAACCUACAAAACACAUACCAGAUAUUACAAAGCCUCAGGUAUGUGUGGUGCCAGAUGUAGGAGGUAGGCAAAGAAAUAGUGAUAUCUGUUUGGAUCAAACAGAUGGAACAUCAUCAUCUAGGAGCAUGAUGAAAGCAUAUUCUAGAAGACCAAAUUACUAUGCCAAAGAUCUCAGGGAGGCUGUCUCCCGUAUUAGGCGCCACACAGCCCCGGAUUCUGACACGGAUGAAGAUCUAGAGAGGCCUUCUUCUGACUCGGUGGAGCAGGUUUCUGAAGAAUGUGUCACUUCAUGCAGUUCAGACACCUCAGAUUCUGAAGUGACAGUAAUACUGUGUGAAGACACAUCACCCAUUACAGAAGAUACAGCUAGUGAAGGAAUGAGUGGACACAGUGAAGAUGUCUUCUCAGAGGACAGUAUGGUAGCAGAAACAUCACCAACAACAUUGCAGAAAGGUGAAUUUGGUGAUCAGUCUAAAAUAUUCCCAGUGCUUGAAUUAGAAGCUUCAUAUGAUCUGAACACCUGUAUAGAGGAAAUACUUCAGGACUUACAUAAGACCGAACAGGAAUUCUUCUCAAGCUGUGAAGAUCAGAGUAAAGGCCCAGCAGAUUCUGGUGUGAUGGACCUGCUAACAGGAAAUAAACUCCUAAACACAGUUCUGGAUAUGGAGUCUUCUACAGCAGAAUGAAAGGUAUAAGGGAAAUCUUCAGCGCAAACAUAAAGCUGACGUUGAGUUUUUCCCUCAGGUCUUCGUACCAGCUCUGGCUUUCAGAGGAAAGUUGUAUAUUGGCAAAGGCUUGGCAGAAGAGUGGACAGAAUCUAGAAAUGUUGGUCGGCCUCUAGUCAUUUUACCCUUAGAAAGAAUGCUGCCUGUACAGCUGGUUUUCAUAGAUUCAGUGUCAUGUAUACGAGAUGACAUUACUUGCAGUGAUAUCCAUGUACAUGUAUUAUCUUAUAUUGAGCUAUCCAAGAAUUAUCCCUUCAUGAAUCUGGAUCGGUUCUUGUAGCCCACUCGAUGUUUAUAAAGAAGAGAGAGAACACUUUAAAGGGGUUGUUUCACAAAGAAAAGUUGGUAAAAUCACAUGUGUACCACAUACAUACAUACAUACAUACAUACAUAUGUGUACAGGAGGACAAAUAUUUUUAAGUAAAAUAACUUACAUCCCUGUAGUGUUCUUCUCUCCAAUGGAUUUCAUAACUUCCUGGUUUACUGUCUGACCUCUGACCCUGCUGUUUCCAUGUGCAGCAGAGACUAACUAAGCCAGUGCUUCUUGGACAGACCUGGUGACUGCAGAUAAACUGAGCAUGUGUGACCACCUUAGUGGGUUAUAACCAAGGACAGCAGGUUAUCAAAACAGGCACAUGGAGUAGGAAGUAUACUAUGGUCCCUCUCCCUCAAGUUACAA